AUGUAUCCUUCAUCAGCCAACGAGCGGCCUUCAAGAAAAGUCCAGCCGUGGCACGCAUCCCUUAGCGGCAUUGUCGUCGGUCUUCAAGAGAAUCUGCCACUGUCCACCGAGGAAGUGAAGCAGAAGGUUCGCUCAUGGAACAAGUCACUUGGCAGGUACUGCUCCCAGGCGCUCAAGAAACGCGACGCCCGCUCAGAGCAUGAUGAUGGUCACACACGCACAACUGCAACCCAGAGUGUACUCCUGUCUCUCGAUCUUCACAUCCUCGAUCCUGUCAAGAAACUCGGGCGUUCGGCAUCAAAUGUGAGUUCGCGACGCAAGUCCGCUCGUUCAGACUCCAUCAACAGACGCAUCGUGCCGGAUCGCCCAGCUAGGCAUUCCGCGCCUCCAGCUGGUCGCCUGAACAGUAUCCAGAGAUUGUACUCCUUCCCCGAAAUGAUGCACCCUGAUCAAUACCUCGACUCCGACUCUCGAGGCCCACUCCUCAGUUCAAUCGCGGAGAGCAGCGAGCACCAGCAAUUACGCGAUGACGUUUCCAGAGGGGACGAGAUCUUCGCCAUCCACGAGGCACGAGCAUGUCAACCGCAAGCUCCGCCCACACCUGUUGAGAGAUUGUCGUUCAAUUUCUCCGAGACAUACCUCCAGCAGCGUGGAGCUUCCCUCGGAUUCGAGAGACCAAGUCUAGGCUUCAGGAGGAUUUCGAGCCAGCAGGAUCACAGAUGGACGUUGUCAGACAAUCAGUUGGAGGAGCAAGCCGCCGGUUUGAAAGAUAUGAGCGAUCUCAGAACCUUCAUCAACGACACUCGAGCUAAGGAGAAUGCUGAACCGCUGAAAUUCCAUCAAAAUCUGUGCGCAGAGGCUAAAAUUGUUGCCACAACGUACGAGAACUCGCCAGGCGAACAAAGCUGGACUACCAAGAUUCAAUCGCAGGCGGGUUCGAGUACGCUGGAGCUCAUUKGACCGCCGCGUGUUGGAGCAGGACCCACUGCCAAGUUGUGRAAUGAUGGCAAAUACAGCCCGGGCACCCAGCGCAAGCAUGCGAGUCUCCCUGCUGACGUCCACGGAACAUGCGAGUGCCGUAACUUCACGGUGUGGGAGGCCAUCACGGAUGUCAGAUGGCGGGCCCUUGGUGUGAGUAAGACAAAGGACGGAAGAAUGGUCGCCGUGCUCUCGCAGUAG